GAGAAAAUGGGGGAGAGUGAAAUAACACUGUUAUUAAUAAAAUACGUCUAUAUAUUGUAUGUCCAUAUUAGAACCAGUUACCUUUUAAUGAUAAUACUCGUUGUUUAGUUGUCUGAGUUUCUUUUAUGGAGAUUAAUAAUGUGGGUUAGGUCUGCUGGAGGUGGAGCAGGAGGAGGAGCUGGCAGACACGUACUGGUCUGGGACGGCGCCACUGUGUUUCGGAGGCUGCAGGGGGCGUCACAGGGAGCUGAAGAAGGACAGCUGUGGGGACUCGAACUGCUGCUGGGUGGGCUACAAGUCCCUCUGCAGGGUUAACUGUGGCCCUCCUGAUGUGGACUUUAAUGGGAUGGUGUAUGGUAAUGACUGGUGGGUGGGCUCCGUGGUGCGAUACGAGUGCAGGCCAGGCUUUGUGUUAGUGGGGGACCCAGCACGGGCCUGCCAAUCCAAUGGGAAAUGGACCCCGAAGCCAUCCUGCCUCAGAGUGUGUCAGCGGGGUCAGGUUGAGGUCGGUCAGAAGGAAAUUGAUGGUGCAUGCACCUCCACCUGCCCAUCAAUUAGCUAUACAGGUUCUGGUUCCCUGAGCCAUGGCUGCAACCUCAUCAACAACUGCAGGACCAAAGAGGCAGGCUGGCAACGCUGGUUUUCACGCUGUGCCUCUUGCGAGUGUGACUGCUUCAUCCCCUGUGCGUCAGCAGGGUAGAGGAUUUUGCCUCUUCUUCUCCACUUUUACAUGGACUCCGUCCCACGAGUGAUAAUCACAGCCACACAAAGUACUGAAAUGCAACUCUUUCCAGUAUUAAUUUGUAUGGAUGAUCGAAAGUUAAGGGAUAUUUGGAUGGUCACAAGUCAAGAAGGUUAUUUACACAAGAAAUUUCAUUUCAAGACACUUUGUCCUACAGACACCACAAAAAAAUGGACCACAAAAGACUGGACUUAUUUACUAAAACAUGAAGGGUGUUUAAUUCAACUGUGACUGUACAUGGGAACCCAGAACUUUUGGUUUGUCACUGACCAAAUCCAGCUAUUUUCAGCCUGUAUUUCAGGCUGGUGUUAGGAGAAGGCUCCUCCUCUGUAUUCACGUUUCAGCAGGGAUUAAAGUUACUGACCUGGACAAUCAGCUCUAGUCUGAGCUCAGCAUGGAACUGAACACCUAAUCUUGUUACCCACCCAACACAGGUGUCUCAGUGUUGUAAAUGUGUACUGUAUGUUACUCCAGUUUUUCAUUAUAUAGUGAGCUGCUAGUUUAUUAGAAACACCUACCAUGUACCUGUACGCAGUUGCUAUUCAGGUCCACUUUGUAGGUUUACAGUUACUAUGUGUUUAUCAGAAACUGACCACUGAUGAGGGGCACAGAUU